UUAUAAAAAUAAAUAAAUGAUUUCAUUAGUGGCACUUUCAUAAGCGUUUCCACACUCUACACUCUACUUUCUUUCUUUUUCAUUCAUUUCACUUAUUCUCUCUGUUCCUUUCUAGAAAGAACACACACAACACAGAACAGCAACAAUGGCGGGUUACAGAGCAGAUGAUGACUACGACUACCUCUUCAAGGUGGUUCUGAUUGGAGACUCUGGUGUUGGCAAGUCUAACCUUCUCUCUCGCUUCACCAAGAACGAGUUCAACCUUGAGUCUAAGUCCACCAUUGGCGUUGAGUUCGCCACUCGCACCCUUAAUGUUGAUUCCAAAGUCAUCAAGGCUCAGAUCUGGGACACCGCAGGCCAAGAGAGGUAUCGUGCCAUCACCAGUGCAUACUAUCGCGGGGCAGUUGGUGCACUUCUAGUGUAUGAUGUCACUCGCCAUGCAACGUUUGAGAAUGUUGACAGAUGGCUGAAAGAGUUGCGAAACCACACAGACGCCAACAUUGUUGUGAUGCUGGUUGGGAACAAAUCAGACCUUCGUCACCUUGUAGCCGUGUCAACUGAAGACGGGAAGUCUUAUGCCGAGAAAGAGUCACUUUACUUCAUGGAAACCUCAGCUCUGGAGGCUACGAAUGUAGAGAACGCAUUUGCUGAAGUUCUGACUCAAAUCUACCGCAUCGUGAGCAAGAAAGCCGUAGAGGGUGCUGAAAAUGGAACUGCAUCUGUGCCUGCAAAAGGAGAGAAAAUAGAUCUUAAAAAUGAUGUGUCUGCUUUGAAGAGAGUUGGUUGCUGCUCAAGCUGAGGUUGGAAAACUUAGUUGAAUUGGUUGCUGUCGGCUCUGAUGUACGUGUAAUAUUCUGAGAAAUACGAACUAGAAGAAAAAUGAAAUUUGAUUUUUCAUAGCAUGUUAGACUCUUUGUGUAACCUUAAAAAACUAUGUUUGGUGUUUCAAUAGGAGCUGCUGGUGAAGCAUGAUGAUUGCUACACGGCUUAGUCUUACAUGUUGUAGUAGUGUUGUUAUUACUAUUGUUUUUUAAAUGAUUUCACUUGCAAAGAGGUUCAAGCUUGGAAUUAAUUGAAUCUAUUGUUUCAUUGAACUCUUUGUGUAGUGUUGUGUGUGUGGUGGACA